UUCAUACUCACUUGCAUUCUAUCGUUCAUCAAGUCUGCAUAUUUUCUGUCGUCAGCUGUGAUUUACCAACCAACGUCUUAGAGUCGCCUGCCGUUUUCAAGUCAAGUUCAAAUCAUCAGUGAUCAAGUUUUGCUGUCUGUUUCGCGGUGCGAAGAUUUUUUGGACUUCAAAGCUACCAUAGGUCAAGUUUGUCACUGUAGUCGCUGUUUUUCAUCUAUCCAGUAAUCAAGCCGUCAGAAUUCUAGUUUAUCAGUUUACCCGUCAGUUGCCGUACAAUUAUUCCCGACAAAAAAAAUUGAAUAAAAAAGCUUUACAGCUUUAUAUCUCCAUUUACGGCUGGACGUACAUGGACUCCCAAACUCCUAUUUCCCCUUUCUUCAACUUUUCACUGUCAAUGGCUGCUAACGCAAAUUACUGCAAUCCUUAUCGCUUUCCUUCUCGCAACAUGCUAUCACUUGAGAUGAAGCUGGAAGUCAUCAAGAUGCACGACCAGCUGAACAUGAGCAGCCGAGCAAUCGUUGAGGCGCUUGGUAGUCGCGGGCUUCGCUGCGGAAAGACACAAGUGCUGAGCAUCAUUAAGAGCAAGAGGAGGUGGUUGGACAACUAUGAGAGUAACAUCCCUCUUGGUCGGAAGAAGAAGUCACAAAAGACGGGGAACGAGGAGAUGAAUGACCUCCUUUAUGAAUGGUAUAAAGAUUCUACAGCAAGAAUGUUUCCGGUGUCUGGUCCACUACUUCAACGGAAGGCCCUAGAAAUCGCGAAGCAACUGGACAACCAUGAUUUCAAGGCUUCCAACGGCUGGCUGGAGUCAUUUCAAAGGAGACAUAACAUCGUGUUCGGAAAUAUGAAUGCAGAGAGUGAAGGCGUGGACACCAACACCGUCGACGGGUGGAAGGAGGAGGUUCCUGAGAUCUGUGCCACCUGCAAAUGUUCGAAAGAGCGGGUUACAGUGAUGGAGUGCGACAACGCCCUUGGGGAGAAGGAGAAUCCGCUACUCAUCUACACGGCCAUUAAACAAGAGGAAGAGGAGAGUGAUGGAGAGGAUGCUGGAGAGCCGCCGUACCCUACCAGCAUCCAGAACUUCAGAGAUUUUGCUGAAAAGCUGGCCGAGAUGAAGGCUUUCGCAGUGAUGAAGGGGUGCAGUGGUCUUGUGGAAGCUUUGAUGGAGGUGGAGGCAGAAUCACUAAAGGAGGCCGAGUCGGCCAGGCAGUCAAGUAUUCUGGACUAUUUCAAGAGAGUUUGAAUGUCCACCCACAACCCAAAAGCCCUUUUUAGGGCCUCCCAUCACCAAAAAGCUCUUUUUAGAGCUUACAUGACACUGAAUGAGAAACGUCCCCGUCGUAGUGUCGGUAAUGCGUUGGCCAAACGUAGCUAAUUCUCACAUUACAAUUAAGAGAAAUUCAUGACACAUUAAUUCAUUCAAUAAAGCAAGUUAUUCGUAUUCGAUUCUCAACAUUAAAACAUUGAAUGAAAGCAAAAUUUUAAAAGUGAAAGAUUUCUUCUAUUUGAGUACAGUUUCUCAAUAAGGGACAUUCUACAGUAUCUCUGUUUUCGUGUCGGAUCGGUAGGGGGGGCGGCUGUAAGAGUUACUAGAAAUGGAACAGUUAUUUUGUUCCACCUUCCUUUUAUAUUUAGUGGUCACAACAAGACCAACACGAAUCUUUAAUGAGACUGAUCCUAAAGUAACACUACCAAAUCAGUCCAGAUAAAUAUAUUGAUCAUAUCGGUCAAUUUUGAGACCUUAAAGGUAAUGCAAAGUUUUUUGGAAAUUUUGAAAAUUGGAUUGAUAGUAAUUCUUUAAAAUGUUGAUAUAUUUGGAUGCCCCUGUGGGUGUAUUAUAAGUACUAGAAAAUGUAGCCCCUAAAACACUUCUGCUUUCGAGAAAUUGAAAAAUCAAAAAUAUACCGACAGGUAAUUUCAAAUAUUUCAUAUACUAUAUAGCACCUAAGGCCACUCCAUGGUAGCUGCAUCCAAGAAAAUCUCAGAAUAUGCAGUUCUGAUAUAUAAUUUUCAAACGGGAAUAGCAAAUUGGUCGAUUGUAGUACAAAAACAUUGUUUUAAAGCUAAAGUAAUAUCAGUCUUGAGAGGGCGCUUUACAACAUAAUGAGUUGUUUAUGUACAAUUUCAUCACUUUAGACUCAAUUUCAACCGCGAAAAUGAUCAUUGAAUAUUGUAAAAUCGCAUAUGCUUCCAAUAUGUUCAUUUGAACCAAAUUCAGGAUCCCAUGCCAAAACUUGGUGUAAGGCCCUGGAAAAUAGGCCUCCCUCAAAAUUUUGCAUACAUUUAUCUUGUUAGUAUUGUCAUAUAUUUUACACACCAGUAUCUUAAAAAGUUUGCACAUUCUUCAGGGCUUGCUGCAAAGAUGCAGAAACCCAACCCCUGUUUCCAAGAAGUGGUGACUCAUAUUGUGCCCUCUCCC